CGACUACAGGGAAAUGCUAUAAAUGCAUUUACUACAAGCUAUUUUAAUAAUAGAUGUCGCUAUAAUAUUGAGUGUGUGGUAAGUGAUACUUAUACCAUUUUCGCUUUGUGUACACACAGUGUACAAUUGACGUUCGUUCAGUGCAGUUCGUUUGUUUUGAGCUUGUGCAAAAAAUGACAGACCAUUUAGUAAAAAUUGAUCAAAAAGAUUUACAAACCCUAAAAAAUCUUUACACUUCCGAUAGUUCGAAGAGUUAUAUUGCUUAUACGACGAUUGAUAACUAUAUUCGGUGGUUCGAACAAGAUCCCAAUGUGAAACAUGUCAAGAUUUUCUGUUUAAACGGAGAUUUCUCCGAUGGAACAUUCGUUGUCACGGAUCGCUGUACUGCGUAUGCGGACACAUUCAAUGAAUCGUUCGACAGAUUGAUUCGUUUGCUACAGCUGCUAGACUACUCAAAAGGCUACACCUUUUUAAGCGUACGAUCUGAACUUCGAUCGGUUAUCAAAGAUGCUCUGGAACGAGCAAAGGUUGAAAUUAUUAUGAAUGACACGACGUUACUAUAUUACUUGCCAAAAGAAGAGGCGCUGAAAUUCGAUACACAGCCGCCCGAUGGCAUUGAAUUGCGACCAAUCACGGAACUCCAUGAUAUUGAGAAAGCAAACUCCGUUUGGCCGCAUCGGAAUUCAAAUUCACUUCCAUUUCUUCAAAGAAUGGCCAAUUACAAUACAAACAUCGGAGCAUUCACUGAAGAUGGUAAUUUGGUGGCCUGGCUUUUCCGGCUUUCAACUGGUUUGCUCGGAGCUUUACAAACAGAUGAAAAAUAUUAUGGAAAAGGAUACGGCGGACUGGUAACUAGAUAUGUGUCCAAAAAGAUCGCUGAAAUGGGCCAUGAUAUCUAUGCCGGUAUAUUUAAAAACAAUACACCAUCCCGAUCACUGUUUGGCAAACAUGGCUUCAAAUCAAUUGGCGAGGUGCAUUGGAUUACUACCAAAAUCACAUGGUCUUCAGUCGAUGAAUAGACGACAUAAGAAAUUCCAGCCACAUGUCAAAACUAUUUUUUAAUGCAAUAAAGCACAAUAUAUGUUGAUAUCAUUUGAUUUUUGAGAUUAUUUUCGUAUUAGCAUUAUUUCGUAGAAUUAAUAUUAGGCUGUUCAAAAUAAAUAAAGUUUAAAAUGUGCAAUGA